AAGGUCCCAUGCCCUGGCCUUUCCUCCUCUGCCCUGGGAUCCCCGUCUCUCUCGCUUUCCCUUCGGCCACAUUGUUGGCUCCAGGCUGGGGGGAGGGAGCAAUGCCUUGCUCAAUCGGAUGAAAGUUUGCAUAAUGAUCAUGGGAAGACAGCAGUGAAAAUCUCGACCUCUCCCAAGCCAGGAGCCUCCAUCUAAAUGGGUCCAGUUAUGCCUCCCAGUAAGAAGCCGGAGGGCUCGGGAAUUAGCGUUUCCAGCGGACUGAGCCAGUGUUACCGGGAUGGUGAUUUAUCCAAGACGCUUCAUGACGAUGAGGACUUGGAUAUCUCUUUACCUGUUCUUCGAUCAGAAAAAGGGCCCAUGGAGGACGAAGAGCUAACUAACUUGAACUGGCUACAUGAGAGUAAGAACUUGUUGAAAAGUUUUGGGGACACGGUCUUAAGAAGUGUUAGCCCCGUGCAGGAUCUUGACGAUGAUACCCCUCCGUCCCCUGCUCACGCCGACAUGCCCUAUGAUGCCAAGCAGAACCCCAACUGCAAACCACCGUACUCUUUUAGCUGCCUCAUAUUUAUGGCCAUCGAAGACUCUCCAACCAAACGGCUGCCUGUAAAGGAUAUAUACAACUGGAUUUUGGAACACUUCCCUUAUUUUGCAAAUGCCCCCACUGGAUGGAAAAACUCUGUGAGGCAUAAUCUGUCGUUGAAUAAGUGUUUUAAGAAGGUGGACAAAGACAGAAGUCAGAGUAUUGGGAAGGGGUCUUUAUGGUGUAUAGACCCAGAAUAUAGACAAAACCUUAUCCAGGCUUUGAAAAAGACUCCCUAUCAUCCAUAUGUGUUCAGCACACCUCCAGCGUCUCCUCAGGCAUAUCAAAGCACAUCAGGUCCUCCCAUUUGGCCUGGAAGCACCUUCUUCAAGAGAAAUGGCUCCCUUCUGCAAGAUCCUGACAUUGAUGCUGCCACUGCCAUGAUGCUUUUGAAUACUCCCCCUGAGAUACAAGCAGGUUUUCCUCCCGGGGUGAUACAAAAUGGAGCUCGCAUUCUGAGUCGAGGAAUCUUCCCCGGAGUUAGACCACUGCCAAUAAACCCUAUCGGAAGCAUGGCUGCUGCAGUAAGGAAUGGAAUAGUAAACUGCCGGAUGCGGACAGAGAGUGAACAGUCCUGUGGCUCUCCAGUGGUUAGUGGUGACCCAAAGGAGGAUCACAACUAUAGCAGUGCCAAAUCUUCCAACCCCAGGAGCACAUCGCCUGCUAGUGACUCAAUUUCCUCUUCCUCUGCGGACGACCAUUACGAAUUUGUUACGAAAGGUAGCCGGGAUGGUAGUGAGGGCAGCGAAGUCAGCUCCCACAGCCACGAGAGCCAUAGUGAAGCAGAGGAGGAGGACAAAAGGCAAAGCCGGAAAGAGACCAAGGAUUCUUUAGCUGACAGCGGGUACGCGUCUCAGCACAAGAAACGGCAGCAUUUACUGAAGGCAAAAAAAGUACCAAGUGACACACUGCCUCUUAAAAAGAGACGUACAGAGAAACCCCCAGAGAGUGACGAUGAGGAGAUGAAGGAAGCAGCUGGAUCGCUCCUGCAUUUGGCAGGGAUUCGGUCUUGUUUGAAUAACAUCACCAAUCGGACGGCAAAGGGGCAGAAAGAGCAAAAGGACACCACAAAAAAUGAGAACAAAUCCAUUGAUUGAACUUAUAAAACAAUUUCGUUU